UUUCACUUGUGCCUUAUUGGCCAUUAGAAUGUGAGCCCUCUAUUUAAUAGACACUUGUAUUAUCGUUAUCUUUUGUUCCAAGUCUUGGACUGAUAUCCUUUGGUUUGACAGUAUCACGGCUGUUGACGCCUUUCUUCCUUUUUGUUGAGAAAUGGAGAAUCCCUCGUCUGAAACCACAUCGGAGAAGGCGACCAUUAAUAAUCUAUCUGAUAUCUUUGUCAUCAUCGGCUACUUCAUUCUGGUCAUUGGAGUGGGCGUCUGGUCUAUGUUUCGGACCAACCGUGGCACUGUGGGAGGCUACUUUUUGGCAGGACGGACCAUGACAUGGUGGCCAGUUGGAGCGUCCCUGUUUGCUAGUAAUAUUGGUAGUGGUCACUUUGUGGGCCUUGCUGGUACUGGAGCGGCCAGUGGAAUUGCUGUGGGGGGGUUUGAGUGGAAUGCUUUGUUUAUCGUGCUCCUAUUGGGCUGGCUGUUUGUCCCCGUCUACCUCACAGCGGGGGUAAUUACAAUGCCUCAGUACCUGAAGAAGAGGUUUGGGGGAACCAGGAUCAGUCUGUACCUCUCUGUCAUUUCUCUGUUUCUCUACAUCUUCACCAAGAUCUCUGUGGACAUGUUCUCUGGGGCUGUGUUCAUACAACAGGCUCUAGGCUGGAACAUCUAUGUGGCUGUGAUAGCCCUCCUCUCCAUCACAGCUCUGUACACAGUCACAGGGGGCCUAGCUGCUCUGAUGUACACGGACACCGUCCAGACAUUCGUCAUCAUCGCUGGCGCCUUCAGCCUCACAGGUUUCGCCUUCUUUGAGGUGGGGGGCUACAACGCUCUGCUGGAGAAGUACAGGUUAGCACUGCCCUCCAAGAAUCAGUCCCUGGAGCCCCAGCGCUACAACAUCACCCCCCAGUGCUUCACCCCCCGAGACGACGCCUUUCAGCUGCUCAGGGACCCUGUGACCGGGGACCUGCCCUGGCCGGGGGUCAUCUUUGGCAUCGCUAUCGUGGGCGGCUGGUAUUGGUGCACCGACCAGGUGAUCGUGCAGCGCUGCCUGGCGGCCCGCAGUCUGACCCAUGUGAAGGCGGGUUGCAUCAUGUGUGGAUACCUGAAACUGCUCCCCAUGUUCCUUAUGGUGUUCCCCGGAAUGAUCAGCCGCGUGCUCUUCCCAGAUGAGGUGGGUUGUGUGGUGCCAGAAGUGUGUAAGCAGGUGUGUGGGACGGAGGUGGGCUGCUCCAACAUCGCCUACCCCAAACUGGUGGUCUCUGUGAUGCCCGAUGGUCUGAGGGGCCUGAUGCUGGCGGUCAUGCUGGCGGCCCUGAUGAGCUCCCUGGCUUCCAUCUUCAACAGCAGCAGCACGCUGUUCACCAUGGACAUCUGGACCCGCUUCAGACCACAGGCCAGAGAGAGCGAGCUCAUGGUCGUUGGCAGAGUGUGGGUCCUCGUCAUCGUAGCCGUCAGUAUCUGUUGGAUCCCUGUGGUCCAAGCGGCCCAGAGCGGUCAGCUGUUUGACUACAUCCAAUCAGUGACCAGCUAUCUGGCCCCGCCCAUCGCCUCAGUCUUCUUCCUGGCUGUGUUUGUGAAGAGGGUCAAUGAGCAGGGGGCGUUUUGGGGCCUGAUGGGGGGCCUAGCUAUGGGGCUGUGCCGUAUGGGGCCAGAGUUUUGGUUUGGCUCAGGCAGCUGCCUGUUCCCCUCAGACUGCCCCACUCUGGUGUGUGGGGUUCAUUACCUCUACUUCGCUGUGCUCCUCUUCUUCUGCACCUCCAUCCUGGUGCUGCUUGUCAGCUACUGUACACCGGCCAUAGAUGACAAACAUCUCCACCGUCUCGUGUUCAGCCUCCGCCACUCCAAGGAAGAGAGGGAUGACCUUGACUGGAAGCAGGAAGUGAAGGGGAGGAUCGCACGCAGGGAGGCAGAGGAGAAAAGCAGACACAAGUCUGAGGACAGCCCAGUGGAUGCUGAAGAACCCAAAUCUGGUAUCUGUCGUAUCAUUGGCUGGUUCUGUGGCGUCAGCGCCACUCAAGCCCCAGAGCUCACAGAGGAGGAGGUUACUGAGGCGUCCAAAGAGCUGCCUGACAUCAGUGAGGAGCCCUUCUGGAAGCAUGUUGUUGAUGCUAAUGCCCUGGUUAUGAUGGCCGUGGCAGUCUUCCUGUGGGGUUACUAUGCAUGAGGGGGCUAGUAAAACAGGAAUGUGACCAUUGAUAAUUGCACUUUUGGUCAUGCUCACUAAAUUCUGAAUUAAACCAAAAGUACAUGUCAUAACUUUCACAUACCUUUUGUUAGUGAACACAUUACUCAAUGUACAAACACGCACACAUCUAUUCAUGAAAAAUAUAGUCCUGUGUAGCACUUUCUUGUCCCUUUCUUGUAAUACGAUCAUUAUAAAAAUGCAAUUCAAGUUAUGAAAUUGGGUAUGACAACCAAUAAACUACACUACUUUGCUAAAUCUGUACAUUAGCAUAUACAUCUCUCCCCUCUAGUGGCCAUAUGAUGCCAUUGCAUAUAUCAAGUGUCACUGUCUUGCUUCAACUUGAGUCAUGUGGAAGACAAAUCAUUUCUAAUCUAUAAAUAAGCAAAAUUAAAUCAAUAUAACCAAUAUUUCAAUGUUAUCAAUAGAUUUUCAAUUAGGCCUAC